GCUCCCUAUCAUUAAGAGGUCUCCUGAAAUGAAAAUCCCAAGAAGCAAAAGGACUAUCUGAAUCAACAGCAAGGAAAUAAAUAACGCUACUCUGCCCUGAGCUCAGACGGAGGAUUUAACCCUAGCAUCACUCACACAAUGGAGGCUCACAGCCACAGCUUAAUUUUAUCAUCUGUCUUCAUCAAUUCUUUGUGGAGUGUAAAUUUAUUAAUCACUACAUGCAAUAGGUUGUUCAAUUAAUGCGAAAAAGCAUAUAAUUUUCCUCUUUUACCAAACAUACUUGUUUUGAAUGUUUACGCAAUGUGAACAUUGAUCUGCUUUCACAUUGUCAUGAAAAUAUAUUAAGGAGUGUUUUGCAGUAAUAUGAUGAGAAGGGCACUCAAUUGCACUUGUUAGUUGUACCCAUGCUAAUAAACUGGUUGCCUUUUUUAGGAUUGAGUUGCGAAUUAUCCUGCAUUUAGUGUGCAGUUCUCAAUUUUGCAAUUAACACAAAGUGCCUUAAGUAUAAUAGACGCUGAAAAUCUUCCUUAGUUGUCCAUCUUUAUUGUAUUCAGUUCAAUGAACAAUGAAAGUGCUUCAAUGAACAACCAUCUCACAGCUGGAACUUGAACAGAGGUCUUUUGAGUGUCACAAAAACAGGUAGGAAUGAAGAGCGCUAAUAAAAAAUAUAAAAAAAGCGUUGCAAGGUUUAUUUCUUUUUUAUGUAUGGGUUAGAAAAUUUGUAAAAUAAUAACAGCCACCCCCUUUAAAUUUUAUACUUUUGUUUGUAUUUAUAUGAAUGUUGGUAACUAUAUGAAGCAAACUGGUAACAAUAGAAAGAAUAUAGAAAAUUAAAAUAAAUAUAUAUAGAUUUUUUGUGCUGUUUUAUAUUUUUAUCUUCUUUCGUUAUAUUUCUUUCUUUCUUCUCUUUAAUAUAUAUAGCCAUUUUAUAUGUUUGAAACCAAUCAAUUUUCUUUUAAAUGCUUUGCUUCAAUUUCAUCUUUCUUUCAUAUUUAUUACAAUUAGUAUUUUAUUUAUUUUUCUUUCCUUUUGCUGUGUUUUUAUCUUGGUCCCUACAACUGUGAAAUUCCAGCUUUGUCACAGUUCUAAAAACUAGUUUAGCCUCAUCUCAAUAUUUCACAACUCAGAGGUUUUUUCUCAUUUGCCUUUUGACGCGUGUCGCAAACCAAGACUUUGGUAAUGAAUAAACUAUUCGUUCUUCAUUUAACACCAUUUACGUAUUUCCUCGUGUCUCCACCUUUAUAUAAAUCACUAGUUGGGACACUCAAGCACAUCUAUUUUCCUGAGGUGUGCGCUAUCCUUGCUCCCUUCAUUAUGGGUAGAAAGAAGGUGAAGCAUGAAUUGAUAGCUAAUGAAACUGCCAGGAGAACCACCUUCAGAAAAAGGAAAGCAAGUUUGCUGAAGAAGACGAGUGAGUUGAAAAUCUUAUGUGGGGUGGAGGCAUGUGCAAUUAUUUAUGAUUCUCAAAAUUACCAGCUGGAAGUUUGGCCCUCAUCACCAGAAGCUUGUCGUGUGCUUGAAAGAUUUAAAGAUUUGCCUCUUGCAAAGCAAGGCAAAUAUAUGAUGGACCAAGAAGGUUUUCUGAAGAAAAAUCUGUGUAAUCUGAGUGGAAGUCUGAAGAAGGAGAAGGAGAAAAAUCGAAGGCUCAAGAUGGAACUGCUCUUGUCCGAGUGCUUGCUGACUAAAACUCUACACUGUCUGAACAAUAUGGAGGAUAUGAAAGAGUUUCCCUGUUUUCUGGAGGAGAAGAAUAAUCUGAUCACGAGGAAGAUUGAAUCCUUUUGUAUCAACCCUUGUCAAGAUGCUAAUGGGAAAGAUAAUAACAAUGCUGUGUAGCAUGGGAAAUACAAGCAGUCCCCCCUAAAGAUAAUUAUUGAGUCUCGAUACAGCAUCAUGCUGAUGGCAGUGGCACAGCAGUGCAUGAUGUGCUGUUUUUAUCCUAUUUGAAAUAAGUAUUUCCCUAUUAUCCCACCAUAAUAAAUGUAUUUCCAUUUCAGAAUCUCUUAAUUGAGUGGUCUUUGUUCUAAUUUCUUGCUGUGUCUUUAGUUUUCUUUGUUUCUUGAAUAAUCUUUUCUAAAUUGCUUUUCUACAGCAAUUGAACUCCUUGUAAUAUAGGAAUGGUUGUAAAAAACAUAAAA